AUGGCUAGAGGAGUGAUUGCGUUUACUGUGUAUGAUGCUCUAUGGGAACAAAAGAAUAAGGCUGGAGAAACUCCAAUUGAUGUCGCAUCGCCAAGGGUCAGGAAAGACUUACUACUCAUAUCGAUGAGCAACCCUAUGGUACCUGAUCAUCAUAAGAUUCUCCGUGCGAUCCAAAAUGAACUCGGUGAGCACUUAAUGAGUCGCGUUCAUUGGCUAGGAGGCACAAGUUGUGGGGGAAUCACCUCACUUGCCUUAGGAUUAGGUUUAUCGGUAGAGCAAACCCGCCGGUUGUUUUUGAGUGGACGUCAAUUGGCUUUCUGCGGCAACACUCGGGUGCUACCGAAACAUAAUUCGAGCGGAAUCGAAGACAUGCUGAAGGUGAGCUUCGGCUCGCACACAACGAUGGGACAACUGAAAGCUCAGAAGUAUAAGUAUUUACUUAAAUUUUUUUGCAGAGUUUUGGUGACGGCAGCAAAAAUCAGGUCCGCUCCUCCACAACUGGUUCUAUUCCGCAGCUAUGCACCACGGAUAACUCCCAAGGAAUAUGAAAAAUAUGGCUACAUGAAUCCCGACAAGAUAUUAAUGUGGAAAGCCGCUCGCGCGACAUCUGCAGCACCAAUAUUCUUCGAGUCCUAUCAUGGAUUGGCUGACGGAGCAAUAUUCUGCAACAAUCCUUGUCUGACAUUGAUGACGGAUUUUUUUCGACUACAAAGGCUUGAAAAUCAUAAAAACAUUGUCAGUUGA